CUGACAGGCCAAGACGGUAAAUAUCUUCUCAGAAAUCCAAUUUUUUAUCAUCUUCUUGCUCAAGAAAACCAGCCGGGCAGUGGCUCAUCUCUCCGUUUCCUGCUUUCCACAGCCAAAUUGAUGGAGCCAGGUAUUUAAAUUCCUUGUGGUCCCCAAAAAACUAUUCAAUUUCAUAGUUCCGUCAUAGCUUUUGCGAGCGUAUUGUCGAAGAAAGUCCAUUUUUGGACUUCUGUUCUUUCUGGGCUUCAUGGAAGAUCUGUAAAUUGAAAUGGGUUCUUUUGUUCUUUUUUCAAAUAAUGGGCUAUUGGUUACUCGAGGAAAUUUGAGGAUUCAUGCUGGAAAGCCGCAAUCUUUUGGGAUAAGGAAGAGCUUAUCUUGUUCAUUGUCUAACCAUGGCUGUAAUUCAGCCUCCUUUUGUUUGUUGGGGUUUCAUAACUGUUCCACGUCUCAACAGAGGUUGUUGUGCAACACUAGAAUUAGGUCGUUGGUCGAUAGAAACUGUGAAGGUAAAGAAACCCAUUUGGGAAGAAGAGAAAAUGUUGGAAUGAGGAAGAGAUUUGCAUUAAGAUUGCGCCCUAGGCUGAGAUUGUUGUCAAUGAGGUUGAAAAGGGUUUCAAUUCGGUCAAUAUUGAAUGGCCUACGCACAUUUCUGCAAAAGAAUAUGAGAAGCGUGACGGUUUCAACUUCAAUUUCUGUUGUCUUGGGGCUUUUUUAUUUGUUUUUGAAAUUGACUGCAAUACCAUCUCCUAAAGUUGUCCCAUAUUCUGACUUAAUCACGAGUCUUCAAAAUGGGAAUGUAGCAAAGGUUCUCUUUGAGGAGGGAUCUCGUCGAAUAUAUUACAACGCGGAUUCAUGGAGUGCUGAGAAACCUCAAAUAUCGGAAGAUCAAUCCAUACCAAGCAAUGUUCAGGAAGGGACUUUGGUUGGCAUGUCAACAGGCAGCGCAGCUGUGAGAAACCAAGGCAUAAUAGGUUCUAAAUUGUUAAGAAAAUUGACGAGGAUCCAAGGUUCUACCCCACAGUGGCAGUACUCUACAAGAAAGAUAGACCAUGAUGAGAGUUAUCUUCUAAGUUUGAUGAGAGAAAAGGGAAUUACGUACAGCUCUGCCCCUCAGUCAGUGCUUAUGUCAAUGAGGAAUAUCUUGAUUACUGUGUUAUCUUUAUGGAUUCCUUUGACUCCUUUGAUGUGGCUUCUUUAUCGACAACUUUCUGCUGCUAACAGUCCUGCAAGAAAACGAAGACCUAGUAACCAGACGGUUAGCUUUGAUGAUGUUGAGGGUGUUGAUACUGCCAAGAUAGAGCUUCUGGAGAUAGUUUCAUGCCUGCAAGGAGCUAUUAACUACAAUAAACUAGGAGCAAAGUUACCUAGAGGUGUGCUUCUGGUGGGUCCUCCAGGGACAGGAAAAACGUUACUAGCCCGUGCAGUGGCUGGGGAGGCAGGAGUACCUUUUUUCACCGUUUCUGCUAGUGAGUUUGUCGAGCUUUUUGUUGGCAGAGGGGCAGCUCGCAUUAGAGACCUUUUCAAUGUAGCAAGGAAGAAUGCACCCUCAAUCAUUUUCAUUGAUGAACUUGACGCUGUUGGAGGAAAACGCGGAAGAAGUUUCAAUGAUGAACGAGACCAAACCCUAAACCAGUUGCUGACAGAAAUGGAUGGCUUUGACUCAGACAUGAAGGUGGUUGUCAUUGCUGCAACUAAUAGACCAGAAGCAUUGGAUCCUGCUCUGUGUCGGCCUGGACGCUUCUCAAGAAAAGUAUUUGUGGGCGAACCAGAUGAAGAAGGGAGGAGAAAAAUUUUGGCUGUACAUUUGAGAGGAGUUCCUCUUGAGGAAGAUGCUGAUCUUAUCUGUAGUCUUGUUGCUUCUCUUACCCCAGGUUUUGUUGGUGCUGAUCUUGCAAAUAUUGUCAAUGAAGCUGCUUUACUUGCUGCUCGCGGAGAUGGUGAUUGUGUGUCAAGGGAGGAUAUAAUGGAAGCUAUAGAAAGGGCAAAAUUUGGAAUCAAUGAUGGGCAACCUCGCUCUAACACAUUAAGCAAGGAAAUCGGGAAGCUGUUCCCAUGGAUGCCAUCUCUGAUCGGCAAGAAUAGCAUGAGGCAGGAGGGAUUGCAAGGUCCUCUGGGCUACCAAACUCUGAGCUAACAAGAAGAUGCUGCUUCUGCUUCCACGUCAUUCCAGCGUCAGCUGUUAUCUCUUCCUCGUCAAUGGAAAAGACAAAGCCAUUUAAAAUAUUCAGCCAGGAUUGCAAUCUUAUCCCCAACAGCCCGCACAGCUGUUUUCAAAUUUGAAAUUUUUCCCACAAUGAUUGCUCAACCAUCUUUCAAAACUCUCUCAGACCUUGGCCACAGGUCUUGUGUUCAAGUUAGAAUUCAUGUAAUUGAGCUCGCUUGGUAUUUCACUGAAAACCAGACAAUUUAUCGGGGAAAUGUAACUUUGUUCUUAUUUAUUGAUAAGAGUAAUUUUGAUUACAUAAGAAGCCCAAAUGGGCUGUUUCUACACAUGAAUCACCGUCCCUAAUUAACCCCUUUCAGCACUGCAGCUUGCAGCCUCCUCGUUACCUCCUUCCUGCAAGCAGACACACACAAACGAAGACAUCAAAAAUCAAAACCCUUAUCUUGAAAUGUUGAUUUCUGCAACGGGUCGCAAGAACCAAGUUUACGUACCUAAUGAGCUGCCUGUCUAAUGUGGAAGCAGACAAGAGGCCUCUGUUCUCUUCAGCCCUUCUCAGAAGAUAG